UGGCAGCCAUGGCAACUGCACAACACAACCCUUCCCCGCCCACCCUGCAGUCAGGUCGGGCUGGGCCAGCCAGGUGAGAACUCAGAAGCCAAAGGCUACAGGUGACUCAGGUGCCUGAAGGAGUUUCGGGAGAAGAGAAUAGCCAUCCCACAAGUGAUUCUGUAGGUGGAGUCAGAAGCCAGAGCUGAGAGUGGAAGGUGCCCCAGAGGUCAUCUGGCCCCAGCUUCAGCCUGCUGCAGGAAUCUUCUGAGUGAGUGCCUACCCAAAGCAGCAGGCAAGUCCAUGGCUGGCAGGUGUCUGUCUCCUGGACAUCAGGAAGAAGAGAGUGCCAAAGACCCAGUGCCAAAACUACCAUCAGUGCGGCCAAGAAGCCGCCUGCCCAGCAUUGAUGAGACCAGACAAACGGGUGUAGGCCCUGCCUCCCGCCGUGGUUCAGUGCUGGGCCUAACCAUGUCCCUCUCACACCGAAACUCGCUGGCUGGAUCAGGAACUGGUCACGGAGGUCGGCGACAGUCCUUGGGCCCAGUGCCCCCUCUUGGCUGGAGGGUCAGUUUCUCAGGCCUGCCCCUAGGGCCUGUCCGUCGAGCGGCACCUUCAUACCGUACGGAGCCUGCACCAGAGGAGCGCUGGGAGACUGCACGUGCACAGCGUGUCCUGGAGGCAGUGUUGGAUAAGAGGCUGUGCAACACCAGCUACUGUGGCUCAGAGGCCGGGCAGCUGGCACGGGAGCUGUGUGAGCAGGUGCGCCUGUGCCUGCGCGAGCUCAGCCCACCUCGCUACAAACUGGUGUGCAGCGUGGUGCUGGGGCCACGUGCAGGCCAGGGCGUGCACGUGGCCAGUCGUGCUCUGUGGGAUGCAGCGCAUGAUGGGCUGGCCUCUGCUACCUUUACGAAUGCCUCACUCUUCGCGGUGGCCACAGUCCACGGGCUGUACUAUGAGUAAGCAGACCUCCACAUUCUGUAAAAUGGUUUAU